AUGGCGGCCUUCAGAAACCGUAUGGAGUCCGAACCAGUCAACACUGACGAGUUGAUUAUCGACGACUCUCGUUUCAUAGUCCGCGACAUGGGAAGCCUCGACCAGUACAAAGAACUUACACGUGUAGCCGGCGAACUCCACAUGGUAUCUUGCGCAGUAGUGCCUAUCAAGACUGCCUCUGGUCAAGUUCUUGGAACAUACACUGUCAUGGACAACAAGCUGCGAGAGGAUUUCUUCCAAGCGGACAUCAUCGAUAUUCUAUCCGACAUUGCCCAAGCUAUCAACACAUUCUUGGUCCUUCACCUCUCUGUCGACCGUUUCGAUGACUACACUGUCCCUGUUGGUAUAGAAUAUGCCUCAUCUUCUCCAUCAUCCUCACAUUACGAACACUCACUCUCCGGACACGCCACAUCGUAUGAGCAGACACCCAUGACGACCUUCUCGGAACUCUCAGGAUUUGCGUUCCCACGGCAGGAAGUUGCAUGCAAUUCCAGACUUGAGGCACAAUAUCGACCUACCUCUUCAACUCCAUCUACCAGUCAUGGCUGCCACAAGUCUGAACAAGCCUUCUCUAAAGCUGCACAGCAAAUCUGCGCAGCUGUCGACCUCGCAGAAUUGGCAUUUGUCGACUAUUCGGAGAGUCGGGGACCGUUGUCACUGUGCGAGAUAUUAGGCUACUCUGGCAACCAGACUUCUCUGGCGCUUCAUGAUACAUCGCUCAAGUACCUGACUCAACACUAUGCACAAGGCUGUACCUUUUCAGCCAGCGGUACGAACACAAGCGUCACCACAGAUCAACCCGCCUAUGCAACCAAGGACAAUUCAUCCCAACUUCUCGACGUGACGGCUGGACUACCUGCCGAUCUACGUGCACUUGUGCAUAAGAGAGGAUCCCUCAUUUUCCUCCCUUUGUGGGACCGCUCGGCAUCCUGCUUAUACGCGGGAAUGCUAGGCUGGUCUCGGAAUCCCACAGAUACUUCUACAACACGAAACAUGGCUUGUCUUUCUGCGUUUGGGAAAGUUUUUAUGAUGGAGUUGGAAUAUUUAGAGGCCCUGGAUAUGGCAGAGACGAAGUCCGAUUUCGUCUCCUCGAUUAGUCACGAACUUAGAUCCCCUCUACACGGAUGCUUAGCAGCUGUAGAGUUCUUGCAAGACACUGUGAUUGAUGACUCUCAGGCUGAACUCGUUGGAAUGAUACAAGCAUGUUCAUCCACCCUAUUAGACACGCUCAACCAUCUCCUUGACUUCAGCAAAGUGAAUGAAUUGAAAGGGGCGAAAAGUCGUGCCAGAGGGCUUAGUACCGAUUCCAAGCUCGAACAGGCCCAAAACGUUUUUGGCUCGACCACUAAGGAAUACCUUUGCACGUUGGUGCAAGACGUCGUCGAGGGUGUACAUUUUGGCCGAUCUACGCAACAAGCUGCCUACACGAAAGCCAGGACGACAACCACCAACAAGUUUUCGGGAGCCAGCCAUCCAUCAAAUCCCGCGCUGUUUAUUGACAGCACUAGAGAUGCAAGCAUUUCUUCGCUGGACGAGUCCACUGAUGUCGUCGCUGUUUAUCUCGACAUGCAAAACCACUCAGGCUGGUGCACAACGCUCUCUGCUGGUGCAUGGAAGAGAAUAGUCAUGAACUUGAUAGCCAAUUCUCUCAAGUACACUGAAAAAGGCUAUAUCGAGGUCUCGCUACAGCUGAUCGAGGACAAGAACUCCUCGAAAAGGACCGUUCACCUCAUGAUUAGCGAUACCGGAAUCGGCAUGAGCGAUGAUUAUCAAAGGCAUCACCUGUAUCAGCCGUUCGUCCAAGAAAACCAUCUUGUCACUGGUGUCGGGCUCGGACUCAGUAUUGUCAAGCAGAUCGUCGAUGAUCUGAAGGGCACGAUUACUGUGAAGAGUAAGAAGGGUGCUGGGACACGGAUUGAUGUUUACGCACCUCUCUGUGAACGAGACUCCCGGCUUCAGAACACAGUUCCCUCAGGGGGCGAGAUACUUGACUCUAAAGGACAGCUCAGAGGUCUUACCCUUUGCCUUCUCUCUCCCUCAAAUGGAGCAAAUCGAUACACGGAUGCACAAAUUCAACGCAUUUCGGUCAUGCAUUCUUAUAUAAGAUCCAUUGCUCAAGGAUGGUUUGGCAUGGAGGUCAUCGACGCGCAUACAAGGGCAGAAGUCAAAGCAGAUAUAUACAUUGCUGAAGGUUUGCGAUUCGACGAAGACGAACACAACGACCCUGACGCCUCACCAACGGACAACAAUCAACAGCCCACGAUCUUAGUCGGACCCUUGCCCGCCAAUAUAUCAGAGGGACCAGGAUCACCUCACAAUAUCACAAGGCUGGCCUAUCCGUUAGGACCAAAAGCACUCCAUCGUGCGCUCUUUGCUGCUCUCGAAAAACCCGUCGAAGUCGAUCAGUCACGGAUGACAAUACUGACUAAUUCGGAGUCGGAGGCAACGUAUGGAGAGACGACCAGUGUUCCCGACUACAUGGCCAUCCGUGAGAAGCCAAGCUCUCCAAUAUAUGAAGCAAGCGACGUCCAGACUGAACUCUUUGCCGCACCGGAACACGUCCUCCUCGUCGACGACAAUGCAAUCAACCUCAAACUUCUAGCCGCCUACGUCAAGAAACUCGGACAUACUGCCGAAUUGGCAAUCGACGGUGAAGACGCCCUUCUUAAAUACAAAGCCGCAUUCUCAUCUCAUAACACCAACCCCAACGACACCACCUCUGCUCCCAGCGCCCCCUUUUCGAAAAUUCUCAUGGACAUCUCCAUGCCCAAGAUGAAUGGCUUUGAAUCCACCCGCGCGAUCCGAGAGUUUGAACGCCACAAAGGCAUUUUUCCACCUGCUAGAAUCAUUGCACUCACAGGCUUGGGAUCCAAAACAUCAAAACUAGAGGCGAAAAUCUGUGGGAUGGAUGACUUUAGGACCAAGCCUGUUAAACUCGGGACUUUGAGGGAGUUGCUUGGGGCUUGA